AUGUCCUCCACCACCCAUUUCCCCGACCCGGGAAACUUCCAGCAUCAGUCAGAUGAGUUUCUCACCUGGCUGGCUGGUAAGCCCGGCGUCAGAAUCAACCCCAGCAUCCAGGUUGCGGAUCUCAGGUCCCACGCUGCUGGCAGAGGUGUCGUGGCUCGAUCCGAUCUCGACGAAGGUGAAGAGCUUUUCAUCAUUCCCCGCGCACACGUUCUCUCCGUCCAGAAUUCCCAGUUGAAGAGUCUGCUCUCCCAGGACCUCGAGGGCCUCGGCCCCUGGAUGUCCCUCAUGGUCGUGAUGAUCUAUGAAUAUCUCCAAGGCGAGCAGUCCGCAUGGGCUCCAUACUUCAGGGUUCUUCCUCGGAAUUUUGACACCCUCAUGUUCUGGUCCGCCCCCGAGCUCCAGGAGCUUCAGGGCAGCGCCAUUGUCGAGAAGAUCGGCAGACAAAGUGCUGAAGAAUCCAUUCUCGAGACUAUAAUCCCUAUCGUGCGAGCGAAUCCUGCCCUAUUCCCUCCUGUUAACGGACUCGCUUCAUACGAUGGAGAUGCUGGGACCCAGACCCUCCUCAAUCUCGCUCAUACCAUGGGGUCACUCAUCAUGGCCUAUGCUUUCGACAUCGAGAAACCAGAAGACGAAGAAAGUGAGCGCGAUGGCGAGGACGGCUACCUGACGGAUGAAGAGGAAGAGCAAGCGUCCAAGGGCAUGGUUCCUCUAGCCGACCUGCUCAAUGCGGAUGCCGAUCGGAACAACGCACGUCUCUUCCAAGAGGAAGAAUCCCUAAUCAUGAAGGCCAUCAAACCCAUCAAAGCGGGCGAGGAGAUUUUCAACGACUAUGGGGAGAUCCCGCGUUCUGACCUCCUGAGACGGUACGGUUACGUGACCGACAACUAUGCCCCAUACGAUGUAGUUGAGCUGUCAUUGGACCAAAUUUGUCAGGCUGCUGGCCUGGGAAGUGCCGAUAUCGAGACCCAGCCUCCGCUCCAAUUUCUUGAGGACCUCGAACUCCUUGAUGAUGGCUAUGCUAUCCCCAGACCCUCUCCGGAGGACCCGCUGACGGAUAUCAUCCCGGAUGAACUCCUGCUGUUGCUGAAGACCCUGUCACUGCCAUCGGAGCAGUUGGAGAAGCAGCGCUCCAAGAACAAGCCCCCGAAGCCAUCCUUUGGCGAGGCGGAAGCGACCAUCCUCGCCAGGGCUCUGCAGCUCAAUCAGUUACGAUAUGCGACGACCAUCGCCCAGGAUCAGGAACUCCUCGCGCAGUUGCGUCAAUUCGAAGCCUCCAACCCCCUGGAAGGAUCUAUUCGUCGCACAAAAAUGGCGAUUCAGGUCCGCCUGGGCGAAAAGGAGAUCCUGCAGAAUUUGUUCUCUAUGCUCAACAGUCAGUUCGGGCCCGCGCAGGGCAACCCACUCAAGCGGACUGCGAAUGGCGACAUUGAUGGGCCGCAGAGAAACAAAGCUCUCAGGACUUGA